CCCGACACUGCUUCAGGAGCUGGCGCCCGCCUCCUUGCGUCGGGGCACUCUCCCCCGGCCUCCGGCUGCGAGGACGGUUGUGCAAUGGCCUCGAUCCUGACACAGCCGUGACCCGAAGGUUCAGCCAACUCUGCCCUUCUGCGAUCCCACUUUGGCUGGCUCCGGACCCAGUGUUAGUGCUUGUGAACCCUGAAGGAGAUCUGGGGCCCCCAGAGUAUAUGGGGGCUCACAACAGUGCACUGGCGUUCAAUUCAAGCCGAUAAACAUCGUCACGGCUUCAGUGCGGUUUCUUCCCUAGGCGUUGUUGAGCGGGCGAACAGCCACAAACGAACCUGGCGCUAAAAGUACGGAAACAGCUUCUGUAAGCACAAGCAGCCCCAGCCUCACCGGCCGCUGCACUCUUACCGCAGAAAGGGGGCUGACCGCUGUGCAGGGGAGGAAUAAAACUGUUUCAAAGGGGUGACCCCCCUAAGUGCAUGAUUCGAGCAGCAGUUGUCAGAACGGAACUGCAUAGAAAUUGUCACUAAGCUGAUUGCAGAAAAGCAGCUGGAAGUUGUGCACACCCUCGAUGGAAAAGAGUAUGUCACUCCAGCCCAGAUCAGCAAGGAGAUCCGAGAUGAGCUGCAUGUUUGUGGUGGUAAUAAAUGUGGACCUCCUGCACAUUGAAAACAGAGCUAAUGACAUCAUUAAGUCUGAGAAAACUGUUCAGCUUGUACUGGGGCAGCUGAUAAAUGAGAGUUACCUGGAUCAAUUAGCUGAAGAAAUAAAUGAUAAGCUACAGGAAACUGGGCAGGUGACAGUAGCAGAUCUCUGCAAGGCCUACGACCUGCCAGGAGACUUCCUUGUACAGGCAUUAUCCAGACGUUUGGGGAGAAUUAUCCAUGGACAAUUGGACCAGGAGAACUGUGGGGUGAUUUUCACAGAAGCUUUUGUGUCCCGGCACCGUGCACGCAUCCGUGGACUCUUCACAGCCAUUACUCGGCCCACACCUGUAAGUAACUUGAUCACUCGUUACGGAUUUCAGGAACAUUUACUUUAUUCUGUGCUGGAAGAACUCGUUAACGCUGGUCGGCUCAAGGGCACUGUGGUUGGUGGAAGACAGGAUAAGGCUGUGUUUGUUCCAGAUAUCUAUGCCAGGACACAGAGCAACUGGGUGGAUUCCUUUUUCAAGCAGAAUGGCUACUUAGAGUUUGAUGCGUUGUACAGACUCGGCAUCCCAGACCCAGCAGCCUACAUCAAAAAAAGAUACAAAUCCACACAGCUCUUAUUUCUGAAAGCAGCUUGUGUUGGUCAGGAAAUUGUGGAUCAAGUUGAAGCCUCUGUUGAAGAAGCCAUCAAUUCUGGAAGCUGGAUAGAUGUAGCAGCUCUUCUGCCCAGCUCUUUGUCAGUAGAAGAUGCUGGGAUUUUGCUUCAGCAAGUGAUGAGAUCUUUAAGCAAAAAUUCUUCAGGUUUAGUCUUCAGUGACACCAUCGUGGUCAGCGAGAGAUUUGUGAGCAGCUGUGCUGAGCUCUUCUCUGACAGAAUGCAGCAGAAAGCUGAGAAGGAAAUGAAAAAUAACCCUGUUAAUUUGAUCACUGAAGAAGAUUUAAAACAGGCAUCUGGUUUAGAGAAUUCAUAUGCUGGUAAAAAAGACAAAAAAGAUGAAAGAAGAAAGAAAGCAACAGAGGGCAGUGGCAGUGUGAGAGCAGGAGGAGGUGGCAACGCCAGGGAGAUCAAGAUUAAGAAAACCAAGAAGAAGGGCAGAAAGGAUGCUGACAGCGAUGAAGAGUCACAAGCAACAAGCACAGGGAGGAAUAAGCAACCAGAAUUCCCUUUCCUGUCACAAGAGGAAAUUCAGGAUGUUCUGAGGACCCACAAAAAGGAUUGCCCUGAAGAGCUAAUUACAGAUCUUGCUGAACAUCUCGUAAGACCUUUAACAAAAUCUUACCAGGAAGUUGUGCGCUCUGUCUUGACAUCCUCAGCAUCCUCUGGGGCUAACAGGAGGCAGACACUGAAGGACUUGCAGGAAGAAUUGUCAAACCUGUACAGCAACAUCCGGCUGUUUGAAAAGGGAGUGAAACACUUCACAGAUGAGACUCAGACUAACCUUGCCAAACACCUGCUGAAGACUGUCUGUACGGACAUUACAAAUCUUAUUUUCAACUUCCUAGCCUCUGAUUCAAUGAUGACAACAGAAGAUUAUUCUGCAAUCACAAGUGAGGUCCGGUCCAAGAUUUUAGGUAAAUUGCCAGAAGACACCAAGGGUCCUCUAUCUAAACUGCACAUGUCUCUGAAUGGCAAGAGUGUAGAAGAUUUUCUGUCAUGUCUUGAUUCUGCAUUGGACAUUUGUGAUCUUAUGGUGAAAAAAGGAGACAAAAAGAAAGAAAGGCAAGUCCUGUUUCAGCACAGACAGGCUCUGAUGGAACAGCUAAGAGUCACAGAAGAUCCAGCUCUUGUUCUGCACCUGACAGCAGUGCUUUUAUUUCAGUUUUCAACUCACUGUAUGCUUCAUGCACCAGGAAGAUCAGUACCACAGAUCAUUAAUUUCCUAAGUGGCAAGAUCCCAGAGGAUCAGCAUUCUCAGUUAGUCAAAUACCAGGGAUUAGUAGUGAAGCAAUUGAUCAGCCAGACUAAGAAAGCUGAACAUGGAGAUGGUGACACAGCAAAUAACCUGAAGGAGCAGGAGGAAGAUGCCAUUCGAAAAGAGCUCCAGGAAAUCACCACUUCCAUCAAAGAUCUUGUCCUCAGACCUAGAAGAUCAUCUAUAACAGAGGAAUAGAAGUGUUCAGUGCAUCCACACCCGUGCUACCGCCAGAUGUUAUUUUUGUAGUCCUGAAGGGAAGGACACCAGAAAUGCAUUACAGACUCUAAUAUUUGGCUUCUAACAAUUGCAGAUCACCUCCAGGGAGCACAGCUGUGGUGGAGGCAGAAGCAGUUUUGUUGUGUACUGCUACAGUGUGUGUGUAACACACAUUAAGGGUGGAUGUGACGUGGCACAGUUGUGGACGCUUGGAGUAUUAAAUUGUUGGGUUUUAGUUGUCUUCUGCAUGUGAGGCCUCAAGAAAUGGUUCUUGUUCAGAGAACUGUUCUGUUCCACCCACAAACAAGCUUACGGCUGUACUUCUCUGGUUGAGGUUUGCAGUGGCCUGAGGGCUGCAUAGCUGAGUGUAAGCUUGCGUAGCUUCAUUUCAGAUGCUGCUUCUGAAAAUGUGUUGAUAGCACACCAGGGAGAAGCUGUCUUUGCUUUUGGACAUCAUGAGUGGAUGUUUUCAACUUCUGCUCUCCAGGCCAGAGUCCUGACAGCACUGGGUACAAGUGCAGGUUGCUAAAUUUGGGGUGGCCUGGUGCUGCUUUGGGCAUGGAGAUGAGCACACUCUGCUCUGGAGCUGUCCUGUUCACAUCCAUGGUAACUGCUCAUUGAAAACUUGCCAUGCAGGCAGAAGAGGUGGCACCCUUUGGGGAGUGGAUGGGUUCUGCUGCCCCUGCCGUGUGUCAUAUGCUCAUCCAGAGCACUCACUGCCUGCAGAGCUGAGCUCCCACAGCAGCUGGAAGUGCUUGCAUUCUGCCAUGUCCCUGAGAGAGCUCCUGCUGGUGUUUCUUCUCAGUGUCUUGCAAAGACACUGAGAUUGAUUAUCUUUCCACAUAAACCUUACAGACCAAAGUACUGGCUGAAGUGCUUCCCUCUGUUUUUUACCAGCCUUUGUGUCUUCAGGGAAGUGGAAAAAUGUGUCAAGUACAGUUUUGGCUCUAUUAAUGACAGAAUUAGUGUAUGUCACAUACUUCUGACUUGCUUUUAAGUGAAGAUAAUUUUCAAACUGGGAAUACUACAGUUCUCUUACUGCAGUAGUGCCCAGCGGGUUUGUGUGUCAUUCUUUUCAUAAAAUCAGGUUUCACUUCACUAAAAAAUGUCAUUUACACAUUCUUGCAAAAGUUCUGUAAUGCUUUAAUGCUUUGCAAGCACUGUUCUGUGUGCCAAGCACCAUUCUGUGUGCAAACACUACUGUAUGCAGGUAUUUCCAUUUUCCAGCAGUUUACAUGCUCUAGAAGCUUAAUUUACCCGAGACUGAAACUAUAACAAAUUGAAGUUGAAGAGGCCAAGUAUGGAAGCUGAGUAACAGGUGAACAAAGGCGAAGUUAAUUUUGGUAAGGAAACAGUUGAAUUCUGUCCAUCUCUAAACAGCAGUGGUGCCUAACAGUGCUCACAGCAAUGCUGCUUUCUCAGCUGUAAGAGCAGUUGGGCAGUUGAAAAGCAGAAGCAAAGAGGGUGUGUCUCCUUCCUUGGCUGGAGGCUCCCAGGGCUGACAGUAAAGGACAGUGAGGAGUGAAAGCUGAAAAAUACUCAGGCUGUUUGACUUUGUUGAAUAGUUUGCAUCCAGGGAAUAGAUGAGGGAAUGGCUUUGAUUUCUUUACUUGAAAAAUUAUGAAGUUGCAAUACUGAAUGUAAGCAGUUUUCUGUGAGCUGUUCUGUAAGUAAGAUGCUGUACAACAUUCUGCAUGCAAAUACAAACUAACUUCAAGAACAUUAAAUGAUGAAGAAUUUAAAAUGCACUCUAUGGAUUUUAGCCAAAGUUUGAUUGUUGUGCAACCUGUAGCUUGCAAGCAGCAGUUGAUAAUGUGCACCACCGGGGUCCACUUGCAUUCUGAGUGGCCCAGCAGUUCUGUCUGAUUCUGUUUCAGGCUGGAAUCCCUUGGAAAUUCAAAUAAAAUUUACUAGGCCAGAAAACAAA